UCAGCAGCAUUAGGCGAGGAGAAUCACUUCCCCCAUCACUCUGAGUGUGAUAUCUCUCUGUCAGCUGCGUGCAUGUGUGUGAACAGUAUGAUUUCUUUAUUACUGCAUGUGUCUGUGAAUGCGACGUGUCUCUGUGCAGUUUACACUUAACACUUAAAGCAGCGAUCAUGUUUAACCACCUCAGAGCUCGAAGCAGGAGUUUAUUCUCCAGCUACAAGCCCGGCAGCCGGACUCAAGAGGUCAAAGAAACGGUGGAACACCUGGACUUGAUCAGCGCCUUCGUUAAACCAUGGAACUCCAUGCAGGACCUUGGUAGAGACAUCUACGAUAUUUAUGCCGAGUAUGAAAACGAGGAGGUGGAGGAUCGAUUGCCAGUGUCUCCCUCCCGCCUGCUGAAUUCUCCAACCAAACACUUCAUUCUCAACAUCAAUGUUGGAGGAACGGUGUAUCACCUACCUUACAGGUUAGCCGCCAGGUAUCCGAAGACUCGGAUUGGUCGCUUGGCCACAUACACAGACCACAGCAGGAAGCUGGACCUCUGUGAUGACUACGUCGUCCAGCGCAACGAGUUCUUCUUUGACCGCGACCCAACAAUUUUCCACAACAUCUUUAAUUUCUACAGAACUGGAGUGUUGUGGAUUAAAGACGAGCUGUGUCCCCGAAACUUCCUGGAGGAGAUAAACUACUGGGGCGUCAGAAUCAAAAACAGCCAGCGCUGCUGCCGCAUCUCCUUUGAAGAGAGGCAGGACGAGCUGAACGAGCAGCUGAAAAUACAGAAGCAGUUGAUCACAGAGAUGGGUGCUCUGGUAGAAACCGAGGAGAAUGAGGUGUUAUUUAACGGCAUGGCCUUUGGGCAGACCCGGAGGAAAAUCUGGAACCUAAUGGAGAUGCCGUUCUCCUCGAUCACAGCCAAGCUAGUGGCAGUCGCAUCCUCCAUGUUUGUGCUGGUGUCGCUGGUCGCUAUGACCCUCAACACCGUGGAGGAGAUGCAGUACAAGACGCCAUCAGGUGAGCCCAGCGGCAGGUUCUACGGCGAGUACGUCGAGACGUUAUGCAUCACCUUUUUCACCCUGGAGUACCUGCUGCGCCUGAUCUCCACCCCUGACCUGAAGUGUUUUGGACGCAGCAUGCUGAACACAGUUGAUCUGAUCGCUAUCCUGCCGCACUACUUGCAGAUGAUCCUGGAAUGCUUUGAGGACAAGGACAUCCAUGUGCACUCUGGAGACAUUGAGACAGUAGCACGUGUCGGGAAGGUUGGGCAGGUUCUGAGGAUCAUGCGUCUGAUGAGAAUCUUCAGGAUCUUGAAGCUGGCUCGUCACUCAACGGGCCUCAGAGCCUUUGGCUUCACGCUGAGACAGUGCUACCAGCAGGUGGGAUGUUUGCUGCUCUUUAUCGGCAUGGGAAUCUUCAUGUUUUCAGCCAUGGUGUACACAGUGGAGCACGAUAGCUACAACACCAACUUCACCUCCAUGCCACACGCAUGGUGGUGGGCUGCUGUGAGUAUUUCCACAGUGGGCUAUGGUGACAUGUACCCAGAGACCAACCUUGGACGUAUUUUUGCCUUCGCCUGCAUCUCCUUUGGCAUCAUUCUCAAUGGCAUGCCCAUCUCCGUCCUCUACAAUAAGUUCUCUGAUUAUUACGCCAAGCUCAAGGCCCACGAGUACACUACUGUGACCAAGGCUCGUGGGAAGGUUCCUGAUCACACAUACUGCACAGUACCUGAAAUUUCCAUAACAACUAGACUCUAUCUGGAUGAGCUGCUGGAUGGUGAGAUGCUGCUGGAAACUUCCUCCACCAACAACACUUUUCUGAUAUCAGUUAGAGGGUGCACAGAUGCUAGCACCGGUGGAAGUGGAAACUAAUGUGGCAAGAGACAUUUCAGUGAAACAGCUUCCAGCAGUCAAACUUGAGGACUUUCUGGCCACUGAAUUGACAAACCUGUUUAUUUAUGCAAAUUUUCAUCCAUCCUCCCAUUAUACAUGAUGUAAUCCUGCCCAUUAAAAAAACAAACAACAAACAACAAAAAAAACACAGGUGGUUUGGUUACUAUGCUCUUGCUCUGUUGUGCUACCUGCACCUAUUGGCUUUGCAGUGCAAACCUUUGGGGGUGCACAACCUUAACAGAUAACCAUGGUCCUGAUAAACUGGCUUAGUUGGUUUUUAAUGCAACACUACUUCUUCUUACUAGGUCAUGCUCUCCUGGCUGCAGUUUUUAAAUUUCUUUUUCUGUAUGUAAACUUAGAUUAUUUAGAAAUUGAAUAAAAACUCACAUUUCUAAAUGAUCUGAUGUCAGUCUCAAUUUUAUGUUUCAGCUUUGUGAGCUGGGUAGCAACAAAAAUUCAGGUUAUAGGCAAGAAGUACCGAUCCUGGACAAGCCCCCAAAUUUAUUGUUAACCAAGGUUUAAAUACCUUUUGUAGAGGAAUAUCUGCCUCUGUUCAUGAACACUCCCACAAAUGCUCCUGGUCACAUUGAUGUAUCCCAGGUCUCAACCCUCACCAGCAAUGAUCCUUGGCACAAAAGUCAACAGUUAGUUUUACACAGAAGGGAUUUCAAAUGAUCAGGACAGGACUUCUAGAGAGUGACCCAAACUGAAAGCAGCACUGGAAGCAGUUCAGUGGUGCAAAAGGAGAUAACCUUGAAGGAGGGCUGUGGCCAAAUUUAUAUGUAGUAUCACUUUUGCUUAUUAUUGUUGUACAAGUUUUUGUUUUUUUGUAAUUGCAAUUCCCAUUCUUGAAGUAAAAAAAAAAAAGUCCUCUGAAUUAAAGGUGUUUAUUUAUUCCAAACCUGUCUGUGGUGAAGCUGUUAAAGCCUCCAUCCACAACAUGGGACCAGAUAACAUUGAAACAUCCGACAUCUGGACAGAGCCUGAGAGACCUGUUUAUCUGCCCCAUGAGUCUCUGUAAGAAUAAAACUGUUUCUCAUUAUCUUGUCUUCAACAGUUUGUGUACAGAAAUUGCUAUCCUCAAAAUAUUAACUGCAUCUCUGGAGCCAACAACUUUUAUAAAAUAUCAGAUUUUUUUGAAGCAAUUUCUUUUUUCAAAUGGCGAAAAGAAGGAUUGAGCCAGGUUCCUUCACAGGAAAGCAACAUUAAAAAAAACAGUGAUGUAGUCAAAUUACAUGCAUAACACUGUCAAAGAGGACCUGUUAAAUUCAUUUCCGCCUCCAUAUUUUUAUUCUUGGGUUCUACAGGAGUGGCUUUGCAUGAUUCAGAGUUCAAAAUUAUUUAUCUCACAGGUAUUACCAGUCUAUUUACCAUGAGCACCAACCACUGGAACAAUAUCUAUGGCAGAAAUGUGACAGGUCCUUCAGCUCACUGAAAUCAACCAACAUUUUAAAGUCUACUUUAACUAUGCUUGUUGAUUACUUGCUUGCUCACACUCAUAUUUGGAGUUCUGUGUCACCAUCACAUAAAUAAAUCUCUUAUUUAAAAAAAAAAAAUCAUAAUUCACGUUAUGAUAAUUCUCACAAUAGUCUUUAUUUUGCAAACACAUAAACUUUGUAGCUGAUGCUUACAACAUAUAAAAUCUUACAAAACAAAUCUGAAGGCUGACCAAAUGAAUCCUAGUUCACACAACUUACCAAAAAACUUGGGGCUUUGUCAUGUUAAUGCACAUGGUUUUACUUUUCUGUGCUUUCAAUGACCUGCAGAGUGUUGGACUGAACACAGAUUUUAAACUCAAGUCAAUUGGAGAGACCCCAAGCAUAAAAUAAGCAGGAUUUUCUCUUAUAAUUACAGUAAGUAUAAGAGACCUCUCUGUUCAUUUCUUGAAGAUCUUGUCAUGAUUCAUUCAGUCAUGCUAA